AUGUACAGGCAGUUGCAGCCAACAAAAACAAAUAAAAAAGACAUGUACGUCAUCACGUACAUCAACAACAGCCACAACAAUAAUUUCAACAAAGACAUCAACAAUUACGUCAACUACAUCAACAGAUUUUACAACAACGUCAACAAAUUUGCUCAACUUUUUAUCAACGACAGCACUAAAAUCAGCCAAAAUGACAAUACUUACAACAUAAACAACAACAUUACGCUACAUUAUAUCAACAUUUUCAGGAUAACAAAAUUGAUAAGCUUCAUAUUUGUUCUGUUAUUUUUCAUUUAUUUACUCUUAAAUCAUGAUCAACUCAACAACAACAACAACAACAACAACAACAACAACAACAACAACAACAACAACAACAACAACAACAACAACGACGACAACAACAACAACAGCAGCAGCAGCAACAACAACAGCAUAAAAACCAGCAACAAAGUUGUGAAACGUUAUUUAACCAAACGUUUGCUAUUUAAGCGGGAGAUUUCAAACGAUACAAACAACAACAACAACAACAACAAUAAUAAUAACAACAACACAUCACCAACCUCACCAUUAUCAGUAACAUCCAACGAGUCGUCAGUUAAUGAUCCAAAAAUACCAAAGGAUGAAUCAUUAACAACAGCCGCCACCAAGAAUACUACAUCUACCAAUACUACUACUACAACUGCUACCAAUACUACUACUACAACUGCUACCAAUACUACUACUACUACUGCUACCAAUACUACUACUACUACUACUACCAAUACUACUACUACUACCGCAGCAAAUACUACUACAAAUGUUACUGAUAAUAACAAUAAUAAUAAUAAAGAUAAUAAUAGUACAACUACUAUUGAUACUACGACUACUACUAAUACUACGCAAUCCUCAACUACAUUAAUAGCGCAAACGAAUUUGACAAAUAGCAACAACACAACAAACAAUAACAUUAGCAGCAACACAACAAACAUCAACAACAACAUUAGCAGCAACACAACAAACAUCAUCAACAACACUAGCCACAACACAACAAGCAUCAACAACAAUCAACUAGCUAACAACACAACAACUAACAACAACACAGCAAAUAUUAACAACACAACAAACAUCAUCAUUAACAACAACAACAGCAACCCUGGAAAUACAAACAAUAACAACAACACAACCAAUAUAAACAACAAUACAACAGCUAACAACAAUUCAAAUGCCAUCAGCAACACAUCAGCCAACAACAACCCAACAAACAUCAACAAUAGCACCACAACGACAAACAACAACACAAUCUCCAACAACACUGGUAUUAUUAAUAAUAAUAAUAAAACCACAAACAACAACAGCACAGCAACAAACAACACAACCAACGACACAACAGCAAACACAGCAACAGUCAACACAACAAACAACACAACGACAUUCAAUACAACGACAUUCAACAACAACAUUCUCGCAUUCGUCGUUCGAGUUAUGGUGGAAAUAAACUACACUAAACUUUCUAGUGAGUUGAAAAGCGCAUACGUUGAGCAGAUAGAUUUAUUGAAUGUUACAAGAAAUAAGGAUGUAACAAUUGUGAUUCUAAAUGACACUUGCACGGCGAAUUGUCCGAAGAGGAUGAAACGAGAUAUCCAACCGGAAAUGGAAACAGUUGAAUAUGACGUCAUGACAUUAGUUGCUACGACCAACAACAACAACGACUACGAUGAACAUAAUCGCAUAAACACUGAUAUGGUUAUCAUCAAUAGAAAUUAUGGCAACAAUUUUGACGGAAACAACAACAACAACAUCUAUAAGUCUUACAACAAUAGUGGAAUCACAAAAAACAACAACAACAACACAAACAACAACAACACAAACAACAACAACACAAACAACAACAACACAAAAAACAUCAACAACACAAACAACAACACAAACAACAACAACACAAACAACAAUAGCGGCAACAAUAACACAGACAACAGCACAACCAACAACAAAAACAACACAAACAACAAUAACAAAGCAGACAACAACGACGCAAACAACGAAAAUAACAGCACAAACAACAACAACAAUUAUAACAACGAUACAGUCAUCAACAUAUACAACGAUAGAUACAACAUCAGUCCAGUAGUUAGCGACAACACCACCACCACCAACAACAACAACGCAAACAACAACACAAACAACAACAACAACAACACAAACAACAACAACACAAACAACAACAAAACAAACAACAACACCCAAAUCAAAAUGCCAACAAGCACCAUAUUUGUGAAAAGCAGUAACACCUCUAUCUAUUUCAACCUAACGACAAGGGCGAACGGCACCAUCAUCAACUUCACACUCCCAGUUCAAACAGUCUACAAUAACUUCUCUUACGCAGAAGGCGUCAUCAGGGAUUCUAGAUCCAUACAGGUUGAUUUCGUCGUCGUCAACAACAAAGAUGGUUCGACCGUAGAUUCAAAUGACGUUGCUAAGGUUUUUAGGAGUUACGGGACGCCAGAUAACUUGGGGAAGAAGUUGACCAGCGUCUUAGAGGUGGCGGGCUUUCCAGUUCCUCUGGAACUCUUGCUUUCUGGCUCGACCACAACACUUCCGCCAGACGUGGGAGAAGUUUUUCUCUUAAUUCCAAAGUGGGCGAUAUUCCUGGUCAUCUUCAUAUCUAUCAUCGUCGUCUUGUUUGUUGGCUGGCUGGUGCACUCCAUCUGCACUGGACAGUUGAUGAAAGGAGGGGCCACCCAUCUCGACGGAGAGGAAAAGGAUAAGAAAGAUCAUUUAAGGAACAACCUCGGGCCUAACCCACACUCCUACCCCUUCAACAUCAACAAACAAAACAGCAGCAACAACAACAUCGACAACAACAACAUCAACAACGUACAACAUCAACAACAAACAACUGAAAAGAAGGUGACGCAGUUUGACAGGAGCACCUCGUAUGACGUAGGUGUGACGUCAGCCGAUGAGUUCUUCGCUAGAAGGGAUAUAAAUAGAAGCAGCAUGGAAAACCCAGCCUAUGCCGAAAAUAAAAGCAGCCGGAAGGACUCAACGUUACGAGUUCAAGAGGGAGCCACAAAGAAAAAAAUAAGCAUGAAGAGACAGCAGCGGCAGCAUCAACAACAUCAGCAGCAGCAGCAGCAGCAAUUACUGUCUCCAGAUACCGAUUUCGACCAUACUUUACCUACGUAUCAACCAUACAAACCGAAAUUUGAGCGUUUAACGAGCAGCGAUCGUCUGCACGUUCAUGACGUUAAUGAUGGACAUCAAAAUAUGGGUCAAGACAGCAGACCUGACCUACAUUAUUACAGACGUGGUCCAGACAGCAGACGCGAUUUGUUAUCCAGACAGUCUGAUAAUGAGAUGAGAAGGAUGGGUGAUGUUGAGAAUGACGACGACGACGAUGAUGAUGGUGAUAAUGAUUAUUACGAUGAUGAUGAUAAAGAAGAAGAUGUGCGCUAUAAAGCAAAGGAAUCAAUAGAGAUGAGACCCAUCAGAUACCAUACUACAUCUGCUACACAUAACUACAACAACAGCAACAACAACAUCAGCAGCAUCAACGACAGCAAAUAUAAUCAAAAUGCGUCGAUAAGAUCUUCGCCAUCAUCAACAGAAUACCCAAUACUCAACAAUCUACAACCACAACAGCCGCCACACCAACCACAACAGCAGUUUCUCUUUCCACCACCUUCGCCAUACUUCAUCCCAAUAAAAACGAGCAACAACAACUCACCGACCAUCGACUACAACCAAUUCAGCAGCCAGCCAUACGUCAUACCGACGGUGCAACAACAACAGAUACCGCUUCAAAGGUAUUCGCCUUCAUUCGUCAACAACAGUAACAGGACCAUCCACAACAGCAACAACAACAUCCACAACAACAACAACAACAUGUAUUCCGGAAUUCAAACACUACCACUACCAUCGUCACCCAUGUACGCGGACGAUAAAACGAGAUCAGAAAAGAUCAAAAAAAUGGCCAAAGACAUCGUAGAAGACGCCUUCGACGACAGCGGUUUCUCCACAGACAACGUAACCAACGGCAGCGUGAAAAGUGGCAAUCACGGUAGCUACAGCCACCACAGCCACAACAACAAUAAUAAUUAUAAUAACAAUAAUAAAAGCCGGACUGGGUCACUAUUGGUCACCGACAUGGAUGAAUUCAGGAAGGUGUUGGAUGAAGCAUUUGCGUUCGGUAAGAAACGUAGCGAAAAUAACGACAGAGAUGACAACUUUAACAAUGAGUUAAUGGAACUUGAUAUUUCUUUCAAAGAUAUAACUACGUCAUCCGACAUAGAUGAAUCGGUUUACAACAGUCUCUUGUUUUAA